UGGGAUCCAUCAGGGGACAGGAAAGGGGCUGAGGGUGGCCUCGAGCGUGGAUUGGGGGCAGGCAGGCUGCAGUCCAAGCCUUUGAUUCCCAAGCUCUGUGAACGGUCCCCCGCCCCACCCCUGCCACAUGGCCCAGCCACCCAUACCUGGGGUUAGGAGAUAGGCCAGCCUUGUUGUCUCCUCCAAAGGGAGGCGACCCAUUUGCUUUACCCUUUUGCCUUUGCAGAGACCUUGAUCCUCACGCAAGGCAAGCAGCACUCCCUGUGAGCUCAUGAGACAGCCCCAAGUGCCAGUAGGAAGGAGGUCCCCUCCCAUAUGGGGCUGCCUGAGCUGGGCCCCUCCCACCUUCCCCAGGGUCCCUGGGCUCUGCAGGCAGUCAGAAGUGGGAGCCGUAGCCCAGCUCGGGACUGAAGAGGUUAAUGUGCAUCUGCCUGCGACUGUUAAUGUGUCUAGGUGAUGUCAGUGGGAGCCGGGAAGGAGGGAGUGGGGAGGGCACUUGGGCUUGGAGGCGGCAGAGGCUGUCAGGCUGCCGAGGAAGACCCCCUUCCGGACUGCAGGACUGCAGCUCGUGCUCCGGGACAAGGCGGGUGCCAGAGGCUGCCGCAGCCUGCGUGGGUGGCCGGGAGCUCAACUCAGCAGCGACCAGCGACCAGCACCAGCUGGAUGGACCUGGAAGCCUCGUUGCUGCCCACCGGCCCCAAUGCCAGCAACACCUCUGAUGGCCGGGAUAACCUCACCUCGGCGGGGUCGCCUCCUCGCACAGGGAGUGUCUCCUACAUCAACAUCAUCAUGCCCUCGGUGUUCGGUACCAUCUGCCUUCUGGGCAUCAUCGGGAACUCCACGGUCAUCUUCGCGGUGGUGAAGAAGUCCAAGCUGCGCUGGUGCAGCAACGUCCCCGACAUCUUCAUCAUCAACCUCUCGGUGGUGGAUCUCCUCUUUCUCCUGGGCAUGCCCUUCAUGAUCCACCAGCUCAUGGGCAAUGGUGUCUGGCACUUUGGGGAGACCAUGUGCACCCUCAUCACUGCCAUGGAUGCCAACAGUCAGUUCACCAGCACCUACAUCCUCACCGCCAUGGCCAUCGACCGCUACCUGGCCACAGUCCACCCCAUCUCCUCCACCAAGUUCCGGAAGCCCUCUGUGGCCACCCUGGUGAUCUGCCUCCUGUGGGCCCUCUCCUUCAUCAGCAUCACUCCCGUGUGGCUCUAUGCCAGGCUCAUCCCCUUCCCCGGGGGUAAGGUGGGCUGCGGCAUCCGCCUGCCCAACCCGGACACUGAUCUCUACUGGUUCACCUUGUACCAGUUUUUCCUGGCCUUUGCCCUGCCCUUCGUGGUCAUCACGGCCGCCUACGUGAGGAUCCUGCAGCGCAUGACAUCCUCGGUGGCCCCUGCCUCCCAACGCAGCAUCCGGCUGCGGACAAAGAAGGUGACCCGCACGGCCAUCGCCAUCUGCCUGGUCUUCUUCGUGUGCUGGGCACCCUACUACGUGCUCCAGCUGACCCAGCUGUCCAUCAGCCGCCCAACCCUCACCUUCGUCUACCUGUACAAUGCGGCCAUCAGCCUGGGCUACGCCAACAGCUGCCUCAACCCUUUCGUGUAUAUCGUGCUCUGCGAGACGUUCCGCAAACGCUUGGUCUUGUCAGUGAAGCCUGCAGCCCAGGGGCAGCUUUGCACUGUCAGCAACGCUCAGACAGCUGAGGAGGAGAGGACAGAAAGCAAAGGCACCUGACACUUCCCCUGCCACCCUGGACACCUCGAAGUCAGGACACCCCAGCAAACCACGGGGAGAGAUGCUGAGAAAAACCCCAAGACUGCUCUGGGGGGAUGUGGGGAGACUGGGUAGUGAGGGGUUGUUGCAACCAAAUAAAUACAUUUCAUGGGGCCCACGAAUUGCUGGGGAGGCUUGGAGCCAGGUUUGGGAGCUUCAGACUUCAGAAAUCCCCUUGGAGAAGCAGGAUGAGGCCUUUGGUGAGAACAGAAACUGAGUAAGAAGAACAUUUUGGCUUGAAUGUUCAGUUGAGUCCUGUGUCUGUUAGCUCCCAAAUGGCUUUUUCCAAGGGAAGAGAUGGAAGGCUCCUGGCUGGGUUCGUUUAAAUCAGGCAGGGCCACAUUGCACAAGGCCCGGGGAGGUGGGAGAAGUGGCGAGGCUCCUUCCUGUCUCAUUGGUAUGAUGGAAGGCAGUCUCUCUCCCAAGCCGGUGGAUGAUGAAAAACGAAGC